UAUCCUGAAGUCCUCUCCGAAGGUCAACACUUCCUUCUCUAGACACGUCUGCACGGGGCAGAGACACUUUGGUUUGUUUUGGCAAUGAUUCCUUUUUCUUUUGAGGAGAACAGUCCUGCACUGACAGGGAAAGGCUUGUAUCACAAAACACACUGCAUGAUGUCAUGAUUCAUUGUCUUCAGAGACACCCACAACAAACUGCACUUUUAAAAUCUUAGAUAGUUGCUUCUUGCCUCAACACGAAGACGGCUGUUUUCAUCUUUGGUAACAUGUUGGAAACAAAUAUGUGAGAAAGGAAUGUAUAAAUAAAUCAUUUACUGUCUUUUAGAGCGGCAUGCACGCUGCGCCUCAUUACUGUGCAUGUCACACGUGUACUUUGAGUCUGUAGAUAAUGCUUCUGUGGUUUAUAGAUGGGUCACGAUGAUAUAACAAAACACCUUGAUUCGACUGCUUUACCUCUAUAGAAUCAGCUUCCUCACAAAGGGAAAGAUUAUCUUAUCAACAAAACGUACAACUAUUUGGAUGCACACAACUAAAAAUACUGAGUCUGAUACUUGUGAUGAUAAAGUCACAAUCUGUUCAAACAUAAACCUUUGGAAAAACUUUUCAAACUGAUAACGUAGCUUUAACAAUCACAGUGUGCUUUAAAAUAUGAUAUCAUACACUAAACUUGAAAACCCAACACAUUACAGUGACAUAGUUGUUGAAUGAAAUGAAUGUGAGGACAAUCCUACACAAGAAUACUGAAUUAAAUUUGAAAUAUUUCCAUGCCUGUGUUUUUCAUUUAUGGGUAAAACUGAUAUUUAAAAUUAUGCAAAUCAUUUAUUUUUAGUGCACUGUUACAUGAAAAUUAAUUAAAACAAAAUGUAGAAUUUUGGACAGAGUGCUCACAUAGGUCAGGUUUAAAAAACAUAACAAAAAAAGCAUCUCAUAUAAUUUGAUGCCACUUUCAUCUCUCAUAUAGAUGCCAUGCAUUUGUUAAGAUUUGUGACUAAAAGUGCAUACAUGGACCAGAUUGAUAUCAGGAGUCUUGAGGAUUGACUGGAGGACUGACUCAAAAAGAACUGAUCUCAUCAAUCAAAUCUAAAAUAAAGAAAUAAAGCAUCAAUCUUUUCUUGUACGUGCACCUUUCUUUCGCUCCAGUCGUGAUCUUUUCAAUUAUCAAUUUCUCACUCUGAGAUUCCUUAAUUAACACUCUCGUAUUUUAUAUUUGCAAGGCGCUUUUGAGGCGGCUCUUGUUUUGCAACAGAAUCCCACCAACCCAAAUAUUUAUUUUAAAACAGCUUCACAGAUCCCGUGACUGUGAUGCCUCACAACCUAAUGGUCAAAGGUCUCAUUUCACAAGCAACUGAUCGCUGCCUUGCAAAACAAUAAGUCACUAAUGUAAUGUUUUACACUCAGUCUCGUUGAAAAGUGAAUUUUAUUGGCAGUAAAUGCCACAAUAAACCCUAAAGUGCAUUUGUGUGAAGCUAAUAUAACAUUUAACCUCAGAUCAGGCAUACAUAUAGUUGAUAAUGUAGUGAUAAAUAAAAUAUGGGUUAUGAUAUCACCUCCAGCUUGGAUUAAAAAUAGAAUCCAACUAUUUUUAAAACAGCACUGAUUCAUGUAUUUUCCAUCUUACAUGAGCCAAUGUCUAAUUUUAUAAUAUUUAUCUUCUUUUUUUUAAUCAUCUUUUAGGCUGCCAGGAAUAAACGGUGUGUUAUCCUGACUUCAGGUGGGUUCACUCUCCCUUAACAGUAAAUACACUGCUGUGUUCUGCUGCUGUGAAUGAGAGAAAUGAUGCUGCAAUUCCCGCGCCAUGUAAAACUGCAUCUCCUUCUCCAUCAUCUCCAUCUCUUAAUGCCAGUCUGAGCCCCCCCAUGACUUUCUCUUUGCAGGUUGGUGACGUAGAGAGACAGGAGGACAGAGAGAGAGAGAGAGAGGGAGAGAGAGAGAAAGAGAGAGAGAGAUGCCGAGAUGGAUUGAUAGACAAAUGCAGAGAGGGCGGAACUUGGAUUUACAGUACAGCGCUUAUUUCUCACGUAUUUUGCCAUCUUGUGAUGAUGAUGAUGAUGAUGAUGAUGAUGAUGAUGAUGAUGAUCGCAGGUGCUGGACAUGUGUAAAUCCAGGUCUCUGGCAAAAGAAGAGAAGGAGACACAAGGAUACAUUACUUAUCAGAGGUGUGCGGUGCGCUCACACGGGACUUAUUUGUUUGGUUACAGCCAGAGUUUAUUUAUUUUUUAGUUUUGGUGUGCGUAAAAAGCGCAGCAAACUAUCGUCCCCCUCCAAACAGCACUGGAGAUUAGGGGGAUUUUUUUUUUCCGGGGGAGUGAACUGAAAACUUGGGUUUCAAGGUGCCUGCCUUCUUCCUUCUGCUUUUUAUCCUGCCAUGAGAGAGAUGAAGGAAGAUGAUCUUUGAUGGACAUGAAGGUGUCAGGAGCUGGCCGAAUCCGUUCGUAAUUUUUGAGCUUAUCGUCGCUGGAGCCGAUCCAGCUGUUAAGUCUAAAAAAGCCAAGCCAGUGUGAAAAAAUAAUUCUAGUCAUCUUGAGCUGCGAGAUCAAAACCCCCUCCCCUGAAAAACGGGAUGAUUUUUCAAAACUGACAGACUUGAUUUCUUUGUAAUUCCUGCAUGAGAAGCACCGUGGAAAGUGACGGUCACUAUGCCGAGGAGAAAGCAGCAAGAGCCGCGGCGAUCAGCAGCGUACAUGCCCGAGGACGAGCUUAAGGCAGCCCCUCACGAUGAGGAAGAGCACCUGCAGGACGACGGCCUCUCUUUAGACGGUCAGGACACUGAGUUCCUGUGCAACGAGGAAGAGGAAGAUGUAGACGGAGGCCAGCCACCUAGUUACAGAGACUCUCCACUCAGCAAUGGCACCAACCCUGAUGCUGGAUACGGGUCUCCACUCAGUGAUGCCAGCGACCGACUUACGGACUUCAAGAGCACCUCCUCCAGGGACGGUCAUGAGAGGGAAGGCACCACUUUGCCCUUCCGCCCCAACAACGGCCUCUCUUUCCAGGAUAGCCUGGCUCAGAUGAAAGCCGUCUAUGCAAACCUCAUCUCAGAUGCCUCUUGGUCCAGCAUCACGAUGGACAUCAUGAAAUCUAAGCCUGCAGCAGCUGGCAGUGUCAACAGUGCCCUUGCCACUCCAGAGCCUGCUUCUACUGCCCCUGUCUCCACAACAACAACCAUUAACAAGACCAGUGGGGUUAGCAUGGCUAACAGUCACCACAAUGGCAGGAGCUCCAGCACCACUGUCAACCACACAGGCAGCACAAGUGGCAAUACUAAUGGCACAGCAGCUAGCUCUGUUAGCAGCCACAGUGCAACCAGCAGCAGUGGGGGCAACACUGGUGUGGCUAGUAAUGGUAGCGGUGUAGCCUAUGACUGGCACCAGGCAGCACUUGCCAAGACUUUUCAGCAGAACCCCUACCACCUUUUACCAGAGCCCAGCCUCUUCAGCACAGUGCAGCUCUACCGGCAGAACAAUAAGCUGUAUGGCUCUGUCUUCACCGGUGCAAGCAAGUUUCGCUGCAAAGACUGCAGCGCUGCCUACGACACACUGGUGGGUUUGACGGUUCACAUGAAUGAGACGGGCCACUAUAGAGAUGACAACAAGGACAAAGAGGAAGAUCAGGGAAAGCGCUGGUCCAAACCACGCAAGCGCUCCCUGAUGGAGAUGGAGGGGAAAGAGGAUGCCCAGAAGGUGCUGAAAUGCAUGUACUGUGGCCACUCAUUUGAGUCUCUACAAGAUCUCAGUGUUCAUAUGAUCAAGACCAAGCAUUACCAGAAAGUGCCUCUCAAAGAACCAGUGCCAGCCUUGGCCACUAAGCUGAUGCCCACUUCAGCUAAAAAACGAGCUAUUCAAGAUGCUCUAGUCUCCCCAUGUUCCCCAGACUCUCUCCAUGCAGGUGGUGGCAGCCUAUCUCUUGGGGAUGUUGGCAAAGAUACAAAAGCAGCAGCUAACCCCUAUGUUACGGCAAACAACCGCUAUGGCUACCAGAAUGGUGCCAGCUACACAUGGCAGUUUGAAGCUCGUAAAGCCCAGAUCCUCAAAUGCAUGGAGUGUGGGAGCUCUCAUGAUACACUGCAACAGCUGACUGCCCACAUGAUGGUUACAGGUCACUUUUUGAAGGUCACAAAUUCUGCAUCUAAGAAGGGCAAGCAGCUAGUCUUUGAUCCUGUGAUAGAAGAGAAGAUUCAGUCUAUCCCACUGCCGCCGACCACGACAAGGCUUCCCGUUCCCAGUAAUGUUAAGUCCCAGCCAGUGUCCCCUGCCCUCUCCUCUGGUUCAGAGGAAAAGAGGGAAUCAUGUGAAGAUGAAAAGAUGGUAGAAGGUGGCGAGCCAAUGGAAAAAAAAAUCAAGGAAGAGAAAGACGACUCAGGUGAGAAAUCUGAGACUAACGCCACAUCAUAUAAAUAUCUUAGAGAAGAAGAUUUGGAAGAAACACCCAAAGAAGGUUUAGAUAUUCUAAAAUCCCUUGAGAACACAGUAUCCAGUGCCAUCAGCAAGGCCCAGACAGGUACACCCACAUGGGGAGGCUACCCUAGCAUUCAUGCAGCCUACCAGCUGCAGGGUGCCAUGAAGAGCUCCUCUACUAUUCUCCCCCCAACCAUCCAGAGUGUCCAGAUGCAGCCAAUGUUUAAUAGUGGGCUUCGAAGCCUGGUGACUGACCCCAACUCAGUCAUCCACUCACCUCGGAGUCCUUCUUCCCCUACUCCCCUCAGGAGCAAUGUCACUGCCAUGGAGGAGCUUGUGGAGAAAGUGACAGGGAAAGCUGCCACUGUGAAGAAAGAAAAGGAGGAGAAGAUGGUGAGCCGGGAGCGAUGUCGGCCCCCGUCAUUAGUAAAAUCCCCCUCUCCGGCAAUGAAAGAGCAGAGAGAGCAAUUAGUAUCUCCAAAUGACCUUUCUGUAGGUAAACUAUCUGGUAUGAGAAGUAGCAGCCCAGGCAGUGUAGAUUCAGAGCUCAUCUGCAAGAAGGAGCCCAAGGAGAGCCUAGUAGAUGUCCACAACAACCAUUCAAAGAACGGUUCUGAGGCAUGCCAAUCCCCAGUAACUAAUGGCAACAGUCUCGGCAUCAUCACUGAUCACUCACCGGAAAGUCCUUUCAUCAACCCUCUCAGUGCACUCCAGUCAAUCAUGAACACACACCUGGGUAAGGCCUCCAAACCAGUAAGCCCAGCUGCAGACCCACUAUCUAUGCUUUACAAAAUCAGCAACAGCAUGAUGGAAAAGCCAGCUUUUAACCCAACUCCUCAGGGCAAGGUAGCUGAGCCCAUCAACCACUAUCAGUUGUAUGAUAACAGUGACCAGCCCAUAGACCUGAGUAAAAAUAAGGCCUCUACUAAUAGCAACAAUAACAACAGCAGCAGUGGGCUCUUGACCAACAAUAGUGUAAAUGGUAACAAACCCCUCAUUUCCCUCCCUGACACAGUCUCGUCACCUCUGAGAGAGAAUGCGCUGAUGGACAUUUCUGAUAUGGUAAAGAACCUCACUGGAAGACUGACGCCCAAAUCUUCAACUCCCUCCUCCAUCUCAGAGAAGUCAGAUGCAGACGGCAGCGCAUUUGAGGAUGCCCUAGAGGAUCUGUCCCCAGUGCAGAAAAGGAAAGGGAGGCAGUCCAACUGGAAUCCCCAGCACCUCCUCAUCCUCCAGGCACAGUUUGUCUCCAGCCUGAGGGAGACCUCAGAGGGCCGCUAUGCCAUGACUGACCUGGGCCCUCAGGAAAGGGUCCACAUCUGUAAGUUCACAGGCCUCUCCAUGACUACCAUAUCCCACUGGUUGGCUAAUGUCAAGUACCAGCUGAGACGGACUGGGGGCACCAAGUUUCUCAAGAACAUGGACUCGUGCCAGCCUGUGUUCCUCUGUGGUGACUGUGCCUCCCAGUUCAGGACUCCCUCCUCCUACAUCAGCCACCUGGAGUCUCACCUGGGCUUCAGCUUGAAGGACCUGUCCAAACUGUCAACUGAGCACCUACGGGAGCAGCAGGCUGCCUCAAAGGUGAUCACAGACAAAAUGACAUUCGGCAGCCCCCUGUCAGCCUUGACCACGCCAGAGGACGACACAGGCUCUGUGUUCCAGUGCAGACUUUGCAAUCGGACAUUCGUCAGCAAACACGCAGUCAAACUGCACCUCAGCAAGACCCACGGCAAGUCUCCAGAGGACCACCUGGUGUUUGUCACAGCUUUGGAGAAACUGGAGAAGCUAGACAAGAUGGAAAAGGUUUAAGUGAGGUCUCAAGUUGAGGGUAGAGACUGACAGCUGUGGAACUGACUAGAAUUUCAUUGCACUAAAAUGACAUUGUUCACAGUUACUGCACUGGGCCGAACUGAGCCGCCAGAAGAAAAAAAAAUCAGUCUUAUUAUUUUUGUUGUGAUAACUGCCUGACUGGACCAUGUCUUUUCAUGUUGAUUUGUUUUUGUUUUGCCAAGCUUUUUUACACUUAUUUUGUAAUAUAUUUAUAUGCUAUUUGUCUGAUCUGUGCAUGUAUUUUAGUGAAUCAAGGUUAAACACAAGAUUUUAAUCUUUUCAUGGCAAAAAUACAACUACUGCUUCAAUGGUAAAAGUGGUGUGUGGAAAAGAAUUGGGGAAAGAGGAAACUGUAUAAUACUUGAUAUGAAGAAGAUGAAAAUUAAAUGUAUACACCAAAAGAAUGAAAGAAUAUCCUGAACGACUGAAGUAGCACCUUAGACAGUUGAAUUUUGAAUUUGUAAAGAGAACAUGUUUUUAAACAUCCUGCAUUUGUCAAAAUCAGAUUGAUUUUUAAAAGAUUAAGGAUUAUCAUUUCCCCCGGUCCUUUUUUGGAUUCCUGUCAUUGCAAUGUUUUUGAUGAUGAAUGGCCUGCUCAUAAAUCUGUCAGUGUAUUAGAAAAAAGAUGAUGUGAACAUUUGGAAAAACUGAAAUGCUGCUUCUGGUUACGAGUCAAUCAGUAAAAAUGAAUGGCCGUCAGUAUGCAAGUUUGCUCAAAAAACUUUUCCUUGUUGUGAAGUAUCACCUUAUAGCAAUUUUCCAGUUGUAUGGUUUGUUAAAACUUUCUCUUUCUAAAUUGUGUCGCUUUAUUCAACUGUAAAGAGAACAGUCCAUUACAUGUAAAUGAUUACCAGUGAAAUGUCAGUACUCCAUAAGACAUAUCUUACCAUUUGAAACAGCUCAACAUUCUUUGUAUCUUAAGGUGUGUGCAUUCUCUAACUUUUAUAUUGUCAUUUUAUAUACAAAAAUGAUAAAAAAUAAAAACAGAUGAUGUAUAUAGAUAUAUGCUGUAGAGCUACAAAAUGUCCUUUUUUAAAGAAAAUACAAAUUUAGCUUCUUUGGCUUGGUUUACAGAAAUGAUUUUAAUUAUACUUGCAUCCAAUUUGAUGCAUGAAAUGGUGUGGAAAAUAAAUAAGCGAUGCACAAUGACUAUACAUUUCAAUGUUUUAUCGACAAUAUUGUAAAAAAAAAACAAAAAAAAAACUUUUUAGCACUGAUUAGUUUGUUUCAUUUAUUUCUCAAUUGUAAAAUAAACCCCAAAGCAGUUGUUAACA